GACAAAGACAUACUAAACCAAAGACCAAUAAAGUUUAAAGACUAAACAUCCGGGACUUUUCAAAAUGGAGUGAUCCUGGUAACAUACAUAAACCCACAAAAUGUCUGCCAAGAGACCCCUGAGUGAGUCUCCAACAGGCUCCACUGGACCACCUUCAAAGAAAGCCCUAGUCCAGUUCGAGCCUAUUAAGAUUGGACCAAUCUACUCAUUGGAGGAGCUUGACCUUAAGACUGUACAGUUUCAAAAUAAAAAACUAAGUCAACGCUUAGAACAACGUAGGCGUGCAGAAGAGGAUCUAAGAAAGCGAAUUGAACAGUUGGAGAAAAGACAAACAACAGAUGAUGCUGUCCUGUGUAUUGUCAACAGAUAUUGGAAUCAGCUGGAUGAAGAUGUAAGAGUGCUACUGGAAAGAUUUGAUGCUGAAACAGCAGAUGAAGAUGAGAGAGAAAAUCAGAGUGAAGCUGUGACCUCUUUCCUGACACAGCUGUCAAGCUGGGACAAGGAAGAACUUGAACAAAAUCUUAGCCAAAGGGUCGAAUUUUCCAAAAGAGCUAUUGGAAAGCUAAUCCAAGCUUAUGACAGACUGCUGCAAAGAAAUGAGAAGUUAUAUCAUUCCAUCAAAGAUUUGAAAAUUGAAAAAGAUGGUGAUGCCCAGAAAGCAGACAUGAAGGAAGAAUUGAAAACAGAAACAACAGAAAGAGCAGGUGAAGAUGACAGCAAGAGCAGUGCACAGAAAGAAACUGAAGACCAAGAGGGUGAAAAGGAAGGAAGUGUAGAGAAACAAGACGAGGAAAAGCCAGAGAAAAAGAAUGGGGAACAAAUUUUAAGUGAAGCAGUGAAAACUGAACUUUUGGACCUGCAGAAGGAAAACAAACGGUUGCAGAACUUGGUGACCAAGCUCCAGGAAAUCCACCAUGUUACUACAUUGAAGCAUUCAGACUUGCAAGAAAAGUUCACCGCAGCAGAAACUGAGAUUGCAGAAUUGAAAAAUAAAAUUGAUGACCUGGAGUAUGACCUUGGAAAUACUACUCAUAGUGCUCAGAGGUUUGAGUUCCAGCUUUAUGAGGCUGCCCAAAAGCUCAAGAGCCAGACCGAGGUGGUGACUGUAGAGGGCGAGGGAGGUGGUGGAGUCGAAGGGGUGUCAAAGUCCAAGUUUCAAGAACUGACAAGUGAACUUGAAGAACAACGUGAGCUGGCCAGUACACGUCUUCAGGAGCUGGAGAAUCUGCAGAAAAAUCAUCAAGAUACAGUGAAGGAGGAAGAGCGUCUGAAGAUGGAGCUGAAAGAACUGCCUGAGAGUGUCAUAGUUGAGACAUCUGAGUACAAGAGCCUGCAGUCCCAGUUUUCCGUGCUGUACAAUGAGUGUAUGCAGAUCAGAACUCAGCUAGAUGAGAGCCGAAACCUCCUUCAAAGCAGCAAAAAUGCUCAUCUUAGGCAGAUUGAACAAAUGGAGAGCGAUGAGCUUGCCUGCCAGAAGAAGCUAAGGACUGAAAUGAUCCAGCUAGAAGAUACCCUGGCCCAAGUCAGGAAGGAGUAUGAGAUGCUGAGAAUUGAAUUUGAACAAACCUUAGCUGCCAAUGAGCAGACUGGUCCCAUCAACAGAGAAAUGCGAAACUUGAUCACUAGCUUACAGAAUCAUAAUCACCAGCUUAAAGGAGAGGUUGCUCGCUACAAGAGAAAACUGAAAGAAGCACAGACAGAAAUUGCCAAGUUGAAAGGUGAUCCCCUCCAUCAUCAACACAGCAAUUCACCUCAUUCUCAUCCUCAUCCACCUCGUCCUCAACCAACUGAUCAGACAUCAGCACCAAAGGGAAAUCAGUUUAAAGCUGAAGCUUCCAGUGCUGACCAGCCACUAGAAGAACCACCUAAAGAGCCCUCGCCUCCCAGGCAGGAAGAGCCAAUCAUCAUUAAGAAAGAGGAAGAAGAAAAAAUGGAGAAAGAGAGAGAGAAAGGAAAAAGUGAUUCUGAGAUUAUAAAAGACCUGAAGCAACAGCUGAAGAAAGCACAGGACAGUCAAAAAGAAAUGAAGUUGCUUUUGGACAUGUACAAGAGCGCCCCCAAAGAACAGAGAGACAAAGUACAGCUCAUGGCUGGUGAAAAAAAGGCUAAACAGGACAUCGAUGAGCUGAAGAACCACAUCAGAAAGAUGCAGGAAGCAGAGAGGAAAGAAAAGAGAAAACUUGCAGAGGAUGAAGCAAUUAGAAAGAUAAAAAGGCUGGAAGAGAGUAUAGCAGAUCUACAGAGGAAUUUAGCAGCUCAAAAACAGGAGGAAGAAGCACUGUUGAAUGAGAUGGAGGUCACUGGUCAGGCUUUUGAAGACAUGCAGGAACAGAAUAUCAGGUUGAUACAGCAGCUUAGAGAGAAAGACGAUGCCAAUUUUAAGCUGAUGUCAGAGAGAAUAAAAUCCAACCAAAUUCAUAAAUUGUUGAAAGAGGAAAAAGAUGUCUUAAUGGAACAGGUGACUACAUUACACCAGCAAGUGGAAACCCAAAACUUAGUAGUGAGACGGCUGGAAGAAAAAGAAAGAAUACUCCAGAACAAUUUAGCAACAGUAGAAAAGGAAUUGAGUCUGCGGCAACAAGCUCUGGAAAUGCACAAGAGAAAAGCUGUGGAGAGUUCCCAGACUGCAGCAGACUUGAGACUUCACCUUGAAAAAUACCAGAACCAGUUGAAAGAUGCUCAGAUCACAGUAGCAGAGAAAACAGGGGCCAUGGAACAGGAGUCAUUUAAAUACAGAAGAAUACAGGAAGAUGUGGCUAUCCUCCGUAGAAAGCUGGAGAGGCACAAAAAAAUAGAAUUAGCUGGAACCGCAGAUGCUGUGCUGAUGGAGGAACUUAAGGAAUACAAGGAACAGCUAACAUGCCCAUCAUGUAAAGUCAAACGAAAAGAUGCUGUUUUGACCAAAUGUUUCCAUGUGUUCUGUCUAGAAUGCCUAAAGACUCGUUAUGAAACAAGACAGAGAAAAUGUCCGAAAUGUAACGCUGGAUUUGGAGCCAAUGACUUUCACAGAAUUUAUUUGGACUAGUCAGAAAGCCUUCAAAGGAUUUUUGUGAUUUAGACUAUCCCUGGAGUUAGAUAUAAAGACUUUGAUCCUGUAGGUUUGAUAAAAAAGGACAUUACACACAGCAAAAUGUAGGGGUAUUUAGAUUGAAAAGUUUGAAUUCAAAGUAAAAAUGAGGGUGUCAGAGAGUCUUAAGUCAUAUCUCAAAGCUCUGUGAAUGAAUUUGUAAUUUUAGUAAUGCAUUUUAGUGUUGUGCAUUAUGCGUUUUAUACCUAAGCUGCCAUAGUUGCGUAUUUCCUCUCAAAAAUUUUCAUGUGCCUUCAAACGUGCUGUUCUUAAAUCUAGUUUUCCGGCGUUGUCAGUCACGUUUGGAGAACUCUUGGGCAGCCAUUGGUGUUAUUUUCUUGCUGCACACGUGGCAUUAUGGUGAAUCUUUUUAUUGUUGUAGUAAAAUAAAUGCACUUGUUCA